AUGGCGGAGGGGGUCGCCACCGACUCAAACCUUCCUCUGUUUUCCGCCGAGGAAGUACAGCAGCACAAUACAGAGAAGGAUGCUUGGAUAAUACAUCGUGGAAAGGUCUACGAUGUUAGCGAAUUUCUUGAACGCCAUCCAGGCGGGAAAGAUAUUUUACUUGCUUACGCGGGCCAGGACGUGACGGUGUUAAUGACACAAGAGGAACUUCAUAAACACACGACUUUUGCUUAUGGUUGGCUUGGAAAGUAUCUUAUUGGCCGUUUAAAAGACGAUGUAAGUAUAGCUUUGAAACUUUUCGGCGCAAUUUCUGAAUUUGCUAGAAGCAAAGAGUUCGCACCGAAGCGUAGCCAGUUUUAAUACCAAGAUCUGUUAUGUAAAAUGCAAAAGACAUCUCGAUCAUUUGUUAGUUUAGUUUGUGGAAGUUUCAGUGACGGGUGAAUUUUGCUCUUGGUGAAAUAAUAAUUGGUGAAGAAGUGCGUUUGGUAUAGUUUUUUUAUAGUGUAAAAACGCAUCCAAUAAUCUAAUGAAGAAAUAUAAAGAAGUCAAGAUGAUGCUUGCAUAACAUUUUUGUGACCCGAGCAGUUAACUCGAGUGUAAAAAUAUUCUCCGUUUAACAAAUUUAUUUAACAUUGAAUAUUUAAACAUUAUUAGCAGAAAUCCUAACAGAAAAAACAAAGUUUGUGAUAGUCUCAACCGUGCCAAAAAUUGCUGAUGUUGUUUUCUUGAUGUUUUUGAAAUAAUUUCCAGGGGAUGAACAACGCACGUCAUGCCCAGAUAAAUUCAUUAUGAUUCAUAAUCGGCCACCAUUUAACUAUUUGCAUCCUCUAUUAUUCUCUCUGGGUUUAUUCACCUGUUUUUGCAUUUAUUAAAGAGACUGCUUUUUUGUGUGUGUAAAAGAAAAUAAACCACAUAUUGCUACUAAAUUAUCACAUGUUUGCUUUCACGUGAGGUAACAUAACACCAAAAAUACUGUAAGGGUUUUUCACUUUUCUUCGAGGAAAGAAAUGUGUGGUAAUAAUUAACAAAGUAAUUUCCAUUUCCAGUGAAGUUCAACUGAAGCAUGAAGACAAUUGUAAUCCACCUUUUUAUGCAUGUAAAACUCUGUAGGCAGAAGCUUUGCAAAAAAGUGGCUUUUUGGGUGGUCCCCCCUAAAUGGAACUAUAGCUCAGGGGCAAAUGCUUGAAUUGUUUUAUGUGAAUGUUUUUGAAUUCCUAAAAAAACUAGACUUUUUGGGAAACUGCAUCAAUUAAAACUUGGAGCAGUGAACAUGUUGUUUGUUUGAAUCUGUUAUCUAUUUGAGCUUGCUAUUGUGAAAGAGAGAUUUGUAUUUCUUUUGUUGGCCGCCAAUUUAUCUGUAAGUUGAUUAAACCAUGAAAUCAAUAGUCUUGAAGGGGCUCUUUGCAACCUCCUACUUAAAUAGACCCAGCAAUCAAGAAAAUGCUUAAGAUCAACCUCUAUGCAUCCUUGGAGAUCCAGGGGCAGAUAGUGGGUCGAGGGAAAGUCUUCUUGGGUGGAUCUAAAGUGUUGUUGUUGUUGUUGUUGUUGGAUCUGGCCUUGGAUCUACGAGGAUAACCUCUAUGUUAUGGUUUUUUUUCACAUGAAUCAUACGUUGCCACUGUAUAGACAGAAAUAAUCCCUUAGCACUGGAAACAAUUUUUUUAUGUAAAGAAUUUUUUGUUUGACAUUUGUUUUAAGAGUACUAUAUGCAGUAUAUUAAUAGGGAAUUUAAGAUAGUUCACUAUGGUAGGCUGGGGUGGUUGGAUGUGUAUACAUGCGGCUUGGGGCCAUGACUGUAAGAAGGCAUGAAACUUUUCAAUUUAAGAAUGGACAGCAAAACAGAGGAUGGUAAAGUCAUUCGCAAAACUCGCUUGAAAUUUCUUUCACAGAAGGCUCAAUUACUGAAGAAGAGUUUCUUAUUUUAUAUGAAGAAUACCAAUCAGAAGAAUAAGGGUACAAAUUAAAGCUAGCUAGUUUUCAAAACUAGUCGAUGUUUUUAUUUGAAUUUUCCUUUCCUAAGCCAACACCUUUUGAGUUAAACAAAUCUUUUCUUGACAAAAAGUUUAAAAAAAGACAGCUACAAUCAUCACUGUGAGGCCCAGUUCAAAUAUCAAACUUCUCAUGUGCCGAAACUAAUGCACAAAUUACUAAAAUUUAUUUCACUUGUCUAGAGCGUGCUAGACCGUUGAACAUACAUCGUGAAAAUGAAUUGAGUUUGACUAAUUAAGUUCCACGUCUGAAUCAACCGUCGAACUUAUAUCAUUUUUGUCGACCUAAAUAAGUAUUAAGUUCAGUACGUGAAAAGAUCAACAUUUGAACUGGGCCUUACCUUUUGUUUUUGGCAACGUUUCUCUGUCAUGGCGGACAGCACUAGGUAGAAAUCAAGCAGUUGCCAUGUGGCUGUGAGCUAAGUUAAUGAAUGAACUCACUAUUUUUUUUAUUCAUUUCACCAGUAGGGAAAUCAAUGUAAACACAAACCAACACACAUUUAACCCAUUGGCUACUUAUUUUUAGAAGAAAACUGACAAUAAGUAUGCAUGAAUUCUUAUCAGUUUCACCGUUGUCUUCACAACGAGAAAGCUGGUGAAAACAUACUGUCCCAGAAGGACGACAGUAAAAGUUCACGCGUAUUUUGCGUGACAUAACAUCUAUCCAACCGUCCCAGGUGACCGUAGUGACCUAUCUUAAAGUAGCACUGCAGAGUGGCGAAACUUGGGAAGAACUUGAGAAUUGUGUAUCAUAAUAAUGACAAUGAUGAAAACUAUAGUCAGUUAAAUCCUUAGCAUUUUAAAGACCUAUAGUGAUAAACAGUUGUGAAGAAAAACCUGCAAAUUACAUAUUGGAUAGUACUGCAAAUGGAUGACGUUUUUAUUCUGAGAUAAAGGUCAACUGAUAUACACUGGUUUGUGUAGACAUUUUCUUGUUUUGAUGCUUUAUUUUUACAUAAUUACAGGAAUUAGGUGAUGAAUUUGACUCCACCACACGAGAAAACCUUUCAAUGGAUGGAUGGCGAGAGGUAUAGAAAAAAACUAGGAUUAUUGUUGUGCUACCGCAGUGCAAGGCUGUCAUUAAGGGCUGGGGUUAGGAAAAUAAAGGAAAAUAAAAAUAAAACCCAGAAGAACUUGGUAGGUGUUUAAUGCCCCCUACCAAUUUCAGCAACUUGAAAUCUUAGUGGCAGCCCUGCCAACAGGAAAUUGUAAAUACCCAAGUGACCACAAACAAAAAAAUGAAAACCACCAACAAUGUCCAUUCCAUCUUGUUACGAAUAAUGGUAUCUUUGGUCGAAGCUGGGUUAAGAUAACCCUGGGUUAGUGCGAAAUUUGAACUCAGAUGUGAGAGAUUAAAAAGCAAAUUCAGUUUAAUUCUCUUUGCCUACAAUUUGAUAAUUGGAUACUCUAAAAAGAAUAGAGAAAAUUAUCCGAGAAAGUGCUUUUGAUAAAAAGAUAAAGAAACCCGUGUUAAAAUUUAACCCCAGGUUAGCGCUAACCGGCGUUCGAACAACUGGGCCCAGGUGUUUUCCUUGUGACUUUUAUUAUAACAUAUCCAAUGUAAUUCUCAUGUUCAUGAAUUUUGAGGCCUGAAGUUUAAACAUCUCUGCUGAUAAUAAGUCCAACAUUGCCUGAUGGUAAAAUUAGCAGUAACUGGUAAUUCAUUUUUAUGUUGUAUGUUUGAUAAAAUUGCACUCACUACCCAAUUUACCAAGUGAAUGAAUCAAUAUUUAAUGUUCCAUAGUAAAUAAUAUUUUGAACGGCUAAUCAAUAGAAGCCAAAAUAAAAAAUAUAUAUUUCAUGUGUUUCAAAGAAUGAAAAUAUCGAAGAACAACUUACUUUUGGACUUGAUAAUGACUCAUUUUUCCCCAUGUAAUUCUGACUUAAUUUCAAUUUUAUCUUAGCUCGUAAACGCCAAGAAGGUGAUAGUAGCAAAUCUUUAUUUAUAACGUGUAUUUACUUAUAAUUUAUUCUAGGAUCUUGUUGAUUGGAAGAAAGCUAUCCUACCUCAAGUUGGAAAGCUUGGCCCAAACUACCUAAACUGGGUUCAUUCACCAGUUGAUCGACCCUUAAGGCUCUUCGAGUCUGACUUUGUGGAAUUCUUCUCCACAACGCCCUGGUAUGUUGUGCCAAUUAUCUGGAUACCAACAAUGUUAUAUAUGUGCUACUUGUCCAUUCAAGAUUUGACAGCUAGGGAUGGAGUUCAGAACAUUGAUCCAUAUUUUGUGGAUUCCAAGACUAAGGUUGCAUCAGUUUUUUCUGCUCUGUUUCUGUGUGGAUUGUUGUUGUGGUCAUUUAUUGAAUACUGCUUGCACCGCUUCUUGUUUCACCUCAUCAAUCACGUUCCUGCCGAUGAUCCAUUUUGGAUAACCAUUCACUUCUUUCUUCAUGGACAACACCACAAGGUAAGGGUUUGUUUUUUUUCCCAGUAGUUUUUCCUGAUUUUUAUUCAAGGACACGGUGGGUUUGGAAUUUUAAGGACAAUCUAAGGUGACAGUGUGUGUAGUGAGUAAGACUUCAUAACAAUUCACAGAACUCUCAAAUUCAGUCUGAUCCUAAUAGUCCUUUUAUUCAUGACCUCAUUCUGUCAUGGCAGGAAACUCAAAUACAGACAGUUAAGACUACAAGUAAGUUGUUCUUCAUUUCCUCAGGGAAUGAGGGAAAAUUGCCACUUGUGAGGAAGGCGCAUGAUGCAGAGAGAGAGAGAGAGAGAGCGAGAGAGAGGAAAUCUGUAGUCCCUAGUUUUCUUUCCUUCCUUCUCAUCUUGCCUCUCCUCACAUGUGGCAGUUUCCACACGUGCUUGCGAAUUUCACUUACAAAGUUCAACUAUCUCUAAGUAAAAUGAGAAACUACUCACUAUUCUAAGCACUGUUGGACCACUUUAGUUUUCUGGCAGUUGUUUGAGUGACAUGCCAUGGCCAUUAGAGAGCUUUAGAUUUGAGGACGAGGAUGACUACGAGUACAAGAUUUAACUUAAAGUUUUUUCGCUUAUAGUUGAAAAAUGUUCAACCCGGAAAGCUUCAUUGUACUAUUUUGUCCCGGAAAAUUAGUGCGGUUAUUUUUAUUGGGAAGCUUUAGCCCUUUCCCAGUUGAAAAUUAUUAAAAAUUCUAAAAUUUGAUAACUUGUUACUGCCACUACAACAUUCUCGCUAAAACUCGUAGUAGGAUGACAAUGGCUAACAUGUUUUCUCCCCAAAAUGGUGUUGGUUCAUGCAAGAGCACUAAAUACUGAGAAAAUCUCAUACUCGUAGUUGUCCUUGUCUCAGAAUCUAAAGCUCUAGAAGUCCUAAGAGUGACAAACAUCGAAAUAUUUUCUCUUAACAAUAUCUGUUUCAAUAUGUAGAGGUUUAAAACUGUCAUAUUAUUGUUAUAUUCUAAUUAUGUAAGGAAAUGUAUGGAGACAAGUCUAGAGGAUGUACUAUAUGUGAAUAUUUGGGGCUUACAGAAGGGUUAACUACUUAUUAACUUUUGUCAGAACUGACCGACGAGACCAGUCCAAUCACAAAGAGAAUUCCACUUUUAGUCAGGAAUGUCAAACAGAUUGGUCUAUUCCUGAAUAGUAUGCUGGGUAGAGUAAGUUCUUAUCAAAAACUUGGAAUAUAGCCUAUUUCAUUUACAAAAAGACUGAUCUGUUUAGCCACUGAUUUUUGGUAAACACCCCAAGGUGUGAAAUUAUCUAACAUGGCAGCUGACAUCUACUAAGUUUUAUAAUCUGUGGAGGACAAUAUAAUUUAGGUAAAAUUUGUUGCUGUAGAGAGGUCAGAACAGUUAGUUAUUCCUUGUCUUAUAUAUUGUUGUUAGGUGCCGUUUGAUAGUGGACGGCUAGUCUUUCCUCCUGUAGCAGCCGGGGUAUUGGCCAGCAUGUUCUACUACCUGUUCAUUACAUGUCUGCCACCAGCCAUUGCCAAGAGCGUGUUUGCAGGAGGUUUACUGGGUUAUAUCAUGUAUGAUAUGAUGCAUUACUAUCUUCACCAUGGCUCUCCAACUCCAGGAAGUUACCUACACCAGCUUAAAAAAUACCAUGUUUCUCACCAUUUUGAAGACCAACAGAAAGGUACUUUAACAGUUAGCUUUCCACAGUUAGCUGAAUGUCAAGAACUUUUAAGGUCGUAGGAAAUACUAUGAGUGAAUUCAUUUUGAUGGCAGGGUUUGAGAACGCAAAUAGAGAGACCUCAGAGUGGUUACAACAAGGAUUAUUGAUUUCAUUGUUUGCUUCUUUACAAGCUUGAUAUAAUUUAUUAUAAGUAGGAGCUUAUUGGUACUGAGUAUAAUGUGUGGUUCAUGAAAACACAUACUCUCAAUGUAAAGAGAACUUAAAAUUCUAGUGGCAGGGCUCAAAAUUACGGCCGGUCAACGGACAAUGUCCGGCCUGAUCGUGGGCUUGACUGGUCAAACUCUCGUCUGGCCAGUCAUUUUGACCGGUCAUUUUUGGAUGCUUGUCGCUUAAUGCAUUUUACUCUAUAACGCUGUAAUUCGCUGCUUUCUUUGGCGUUUUUUGCUGCUUUGCACUAAACCCUUUAAAGAAAAACGUUCUGCUUUGCUGUGAUCAGUAAUGCGACCUUCUUUGGGAAAACAUACGCUAACAAUAAUCCGUUAUUUUUUAGAAAACUAAAGGAUGAGUGACUGUUUUUGUCCAUCAAACGUUUCACAUCUAAUUGUAAGAGGAUUGUGAAAAUCACCUUCGAUGGAAUUCGGGCUAAUGGAUCGCUCGUCCUGUACUGUUUCUCUGGGAAUAAAUUUCAGCGCGUCGAUUAAUUAUAAUAAUUUCUUUAUGUCGAACAUGAUCUCGUUUGCAGACUCGAUUCCAGAAUUGUCUGAUAAAAACUAAGCUAAUCGAGAACGAAUGUCGCUUAUCUCGGCCCUUAAAAUCCUCCUUCUUGAUAAGUCCUUCGCGAUAAAGUGUUGCGCGACGACCCAAACGAAAGCUCUGCUGUAUAUUUAUUGACUUCUGAUGACGAAUACGCUGUUUGUGGAACAAAUUUCUUGCCAAAUCAACUUCUUUGCCGCAAAUAUUUUGCGACAAAAUUCUUCUUUGUGGAGGAGACUUUCAAUCACGUGCCUGGCAACGAAAAAGAUCAAGUUUCACCGAUAUGCAGAUAUUGGACGAACCUUGGAGACUUCGGACACCGUCGCACGAUGAUACUGAAGGUAUAUAUAAACGGACAUAAAACGGGCGAAAAUCGCGGAAAGGAACUCAACAACGUGUGAAUGAAUUUUUCACCAACUUGCCAGCAAAAACCUGAACGACAAUGCCGUACAACGAUCUACUGCCAGCGUAAUUCGAUAUUCCAUGGGCAAAAAAAUAAUUAUAAUAUUCAUUAAUUUGACCGGCCAAAAUCGGGGUUUGUCCGGGCUAAAAAAUAUUUGGCCGGUCAUAAUGACCGGCGACCUGCUGUUCGUUAUUUUGAGCCUUGAGUGGAGUGGGGUGGUCAAAUGGGGAAUGCUUCAGUCAUGUUAAUAAAAAACUGAAAUUUGAUAUAAUUUUGUGAGUUUCUCUACUCCCAAGAAUUUU